AACUAUUUCCUGCUUCGUUUUCGUAGUCUUCAAGUAUUGUGGUUUGGAGGAACACGCAGAAUCAUCGGAAUUGUGAAAACAGGCAAAUUCCUGGACUCACCACAUCCUCAAGUCAUCAAAAUCAAUAAAAAAUAUUACAAGAAUGUCAGAAAUUAUUCAGGACUCUUGUAAUGCAGGUGGUGACUCCUGUAACAUUGAGGUGCUACCACAAAAGUUGACAUUAAAUUCGGAAACUGCAGGUGCAGAGGAGCCUGGAAUAGCUCCAUCGAAUACGGAACCUAAAAUAGGGGAGAAAUCUGAAGCUGCGGCAAAUGAGUUGGUCGGAUUAUUCCAACAAAAGUUACUCGAACGAACAAAGGAGCGUAAUGAUUAUAAGAAGAAGCUGGAGGAAACCGAAAGCAAACUAGCAGCCUUGGAGGCCUCAUACGAUGCAGUAACAUCUAACAAAGACGAUGAGAUGUCUCUUCGUCGUCAGCUUGAAGACCUCAAAAGUAAGUUGAGUCAGGCUGAGCGGAAACUUGAGGGUCGAAGUCGUCUUGUCGCUAAUCAGGAAUGCCAGAUUAGUGCUUUGGGUAAGCAGGUGUCAUCCCUGAAGGAAGUGGUGGCAAUCACGAAGAAUCUUCUUGAUAUUCGGAACAUGGAAGUGAAGCAUUUACAGGAGGACGUAGACAGUAUGGAAUCAAAAAUAUCAGCCGAACGUUCUCGCCAUGAUGAGAUGAUAAGUCGAAUGAAUACAACUGCAAAACUCAACGCGGAACUCAAGACUGAGUAUGAAACUCAGCUUGGACUCUUCCAGAAUCUCCGAAAAAAAUACCAAGAAAAAGUCAGUUUACUAUCGAGUGAUGGUGACCCAGCUGAAACGCCUGCGAACAACUCUUGUGAAAAAUAAAUAUAACUUUUGUAUAAAUGUCGAAGAUUAUAUGGGUGUCACUGACAACGAGUUUGUUAAUCUUGAAUAAAUAUCAAUAACUUUCUUAUCAAAGUAAACGAGUCGUAUGCACACAUUGCUGGAAAUUUAUGACUUUAGCGACAUGAAUGAAUCAUUUUUUGAACCAAUACUGCUUCGUUUUUCAAGGGUUUUGAAAAACCUUUUAUGUUAUUGCGGCCGAUGACAGACAAUAACAUCACAGCGACGUCCAAAAAACCAAUUCUGACUCAUGCGCUUUAUAAUAUUCUCCGUCGGUCCGGGGUGUUAAGCAACAUUCGUCAGAAUGACUUUUUCCGCACUAUGCGUGAAAACUUCUAUUAUAGAUACAUAAAUUUCUAAUUCUUAUUAAUACAUACAUGUAUAUAAUAUAAAUUUUAUUAAGCUUAUAAGAUAAGCUUAUUAAUAUAUUGUUAUAUCCAGCGAAGAAUAAAGACGACACAGGUUGGUAAAUGUUUGGGGCGGUUUAUUAAUUACAAGAAGUAUUACGAUGUGUCAUGUAAGAGCUCCGAAGAGAGACACACACAGACUAAUGUUAAUCCAAAAGACAGUCGUUCUUCUGACCAAGUUCAGGUCAUAGACAAAUAAAUGAUAUUCGAAGGGGGACACGUAACAAUAUAAUAUAAAUUUUACAUUAUAUCAUGAUAUUUCUCAUCACUUAUGCACAAGAUGCAGCGGACUCGAUGAAGUCAGUGGGAGGUUUUGGGGUCCACAUGGACAUGGAUAUACAUGUCGACAGGGACGGUAUCAAGGGAUGCUACGAAUUUGCGCGUAGGGCACAGAUACUCGAGACCAUCGACUAAACGGCUGCCUAAGGCAAAGUGUAAAAUGGUCGAAAGGCUGAUUACCCUUCUGGACUAAUGAGGACCGUCUAGCGGCAAUAAAAGUCAGUAAAAGUCAUCAUAAUAUUUAAUUUUUUCAAAGGGCAUUAUAUUACAGAUACCUUAGCAAAAUGAAGCGGUGACACACAACGUUACGUGAGUUUUUUUAAUUAACGAAUCUAUUACUCGCAUGAUGAUGUAACGGUCUUUACUAGGUUUUUUUGGGUGCGUAGCUAAGCUGUGCAUAUCAAAGUAUGUAUAUUGUUAUAAAUUGUACUCUUUCUCCUUCGAAUAUCUUCAUAUUCUUUCUUUCUCUAAAAUAUUUUCUCUGAAGUUAACACUCUCCGUUUGUUCCCCUGAAAUGAUUCAUUCUUUAUUUUUGUCAAUAAACGUGGUUUUCAAUACUUGAUUAAUUAUACUGUAAAAUAUAUUAUAUUAUGUUAUAUAUUAUAUUAUAUAUGAUAUUCGAGAUAUGAUUUGAAUUUUUAAUUAAAAAAAAAUUAGUUUCUAAUUUCUUUUCUCUUGUAUAUUUAAUCUGUAUUUUUUAUACUCUGGUGCCUCAUACGCUAGUGUCAAUAAAUUAACUGCAGCAAUCGACUGGUGAAUCCCCUGAUGCUCAUUGAACUUGCCUUUGGAUACAUACAUUGAAUUCAUAACGAAUCCAUGAAUAAUCGACUGGCCGAGGGUAUCGUCUCUCCAUGUUAUCGUGGUACGAAUACGACGCACGUGUGCUGAACGCACAAGGAAAACAAAUAGGCUCUGCAUCCAAGAAGUCGGUGAUUCCCCGACUCCACCGAUACUGAAAUGUAAGAAAAAAAUUCAAUUAUAUCCAACUAUAAAAGACUUCGUUGCAAGUGUUACUAACAUCAGUUCUGAAUUGUCUCAGUCAGUAAAAGUUGAGGAUAUCAGAAAAAUGAAAGUGGUAAUUUUUGCGUUGCUGGUUGUCUUUGCUGCUGUGGUUAUGGCCGAACCGGAACCCGCUGGGGUUCCUAAGCCACCUCCGGUCAAGCCCAUUCGUCCUAAUCCUCCAGUGAGACCAGUCAUACCUCAUCCGAGACUUCGUCGUGCACCUGAGCCCGAGCCAAGCCGUCCAAAACCACUGCCAAUUCCUCCACGUCCACCACAUCCUAGGCUUUGAAUAAAUUCAUAGAGUGGAAUCCCAGUGUCACAAUGGAUUGUUUUUGGAGAUGGAACUACUGAAUAUGAAGCUGAUACAAUACUGAUUUUAUCAAACAAAAUUUAUUAUACAUUUACUAUGAAUUGUUGAUAAUAAAUAAAAAAGCAAACAUAAAA